AUGGUGCGGAGUAGCAGCAGCAGCCGCCUCCAACGUCACCCGAAAUCCAGCGCAGUGCGCAGCAGCAGCUCCAACAGCAGCUCUAUGGGCGAACAAACGCUGCCGAUACGCAGGGGAUACUCAUCAACCAGCACGCUGAAAAGCUACCUGUGUGGAGGAUGCGGUUACAUGGAGAGUAAGGACAGCUUCCAACUGCGCGACAGCAAUACAGAAAGGAAAGAUUGUUUAAUAGCAAGCGAAUGCGAAGUGGCAGGAGUUUUAAACUCACAAAUCGACACAGAAAGAAGGCUGGAGAUCCUGAGAGAGAAGCUGGCCCUGAAGUCUGACUUCAAUCUCUUGCAGUUCUGGGGACUCUUUGACAGAGAAGGGAGGGGGUAUGCAACAGCCGCGCAUGUACAGGAGGCCUUCAAUGCUGUUGGAUUAAGCAUAUCUCUCACACAGGCGCGUCUCUUUGCUGGAAAACUAAACAGCGAUGCAGAGCCGCGCUUGAGGUACGCUGACAUGGCAAAGGCGUUCCUUCCCACAAAGGCGAGGUAUGCCGAGGCCAUGAUUAACCGCACAAGCACAGGCUGUCACAGAUGCCCAGCGCCCCUGACGCACCUGGCGCCAGAAACGCUCGAAGUCGUUGCUUCGAUAUUCGACCUGACUCUUGCGUCUGAAGAACAAGCCGAGAUUUCGAGGCAUCGCCUUUGCUUGAAGGAUCUGUCUUCAGCAUUCCGCAACUUGGACAAGAACGGUGACGGAUACAUCACAGCCGCAGAGUUUUCAGCGUCUCUGACAGCCCAUGGCUUCCGCCCCUCGGAGGACGAACUUAAGGCCCUUGUCAACCGCUACGAUAAAAAUGGAGAUAGCAAAGUUUCUUAUGCAGAGUUUGUCAACGAGAUCGCGCGAACAAGGUGCCCAGUGGGUUGUUGCCGGCUUAUUUGCCUCUGCCCCUGA